GAAAGCUACCGUCAACAGCAAUUUGCUGGAGGCGAAUUGUUAGGGGCGAACGAUGGUGUACUCCCCGCAGCUGACGAAGAAUGGUGUUUGGCUGGCGCAUGUUCAUCGAUCGCGAGCGUCUUGAAGACGAUCAUCCUGAGAAACGAGGAUCUCGGGGCGUGAUCAAUGUUCAGAAUACUGGACUGAAACCCGUUCUUGCAGCCGCGAAAGCGAGUAGUGUGCAUGGAGUGCUUUGCCAUCCGACUCGGAUUCCGAGCCGUGAACAUUGUGUCCAGCCGGCACUGAGUCAGAGUCGGACAGGCAUCAAUGAAUGCUGUGAGGAUUGGCGGUCUGAGUCCGCCUCGACGUUGCUUGUGCGGAAUGCGGCGAGCAGGUGGAUUUCACCGAUGGUCGACACCGUAUCCACGAUCCGCCGAGCCGUUGAUUCUGCUCCAUCAGGGAUCAAAAUGCCGAUCUUGUGAACAGGGAGCCCCUGUUCACGAGUUCGCCACGGACCUUCGCCAUCAAUGGUCCAGCGGGAAUGGCUAAGGUGACCUUGUCAAAGGUCUUAGAUGCUCGGGGUGCUAGGUUCUAGAAUCUGUCACGACCAGUGAACGGAUAAAAAGGAGAAAACAAGUUUUAGCAUUCGUCUUUAGGUUUGCAGUGCAGGCUCCGCUACAACUCUCAACAACAACCAAG